AGCUGUUUACGUACUGCAAAUACCAACGAACAAACUUUUUUAAAUUUUAGCUCCUCCUCAGUUGCUUUUUGAUUACUGGCUUAGUUUGUCGAUUGUAUAUUUAUACGGACAGUGAGUGUGUGUUAAUGAUAAAGAAAAUAUGAAUAUGAAACAUGCUUUGAGUGGGAUAGUUUAAAACCAUUACUACUAGCAUAAGCGCGAGUACGUAAACCAACAGAUCAUAUAAAGCAUGUCUUCAGGUGUAGGUGUUCGUAUAAUGGAAAUUUCAGGCGUGAGUGGAACAGAUUUCGAUAUCUUGUUUAACGUGAAAAUCACCGGCUCCGCAUUGCAUAUAUCCACUUUAUAAAUAUAUUCAUCUCUUAUGCUAACAUUAAACAUGAUUGAAUAUUCUACCUACUUCGAAUAUAUAAGCUAUAUUCAAUCGCCUUAAAUAUGUUACACAUAGUAACAAAUGAAACUAUUGUAUUAAAUAAUUAUUUGAAUGAACACGUCAAAAACACAUCAAUUGAAAUUACUGACAUGAAAAGUAUUACAAUAUUAAAUUGUAUAAAUUAAAGCUGCGAGACGCCAUUCUAUUGGAAUGAUUUAAAUAUCGGGUAGACAUUUCUAAAGGUCGCCAAGCCUUUAAACCAAAAUAAGCCAAAGUCCCAUUCGAAUCACAUUCUCAUACCUACAUAUGUAUGUACACACAUUAAGAACUAUGCAGGUGCGUAAAAGAUGGCUAAAUCACGAAAUGCUCUCUACGCUGCUGGAAUAACUUGUUUGGGAUUUUUGUGCUUUGCAUUAGCUUCGGCAGCCAUCGGAAUACCUAUUUGGGGUUACUAUGACAGUCCGACAGGUGGCUAUGACUUCGAUCGGGGAUAUUUCGGCCCCUUCAAAGUUUGCAAGCAGUUAGCAUAUAACCGGGAAAAAUGUGGUAAUGACGUUUCAAAAUUUCGACUAUCCGCGGUGGUUAAUGUAAGUGGUCUAUUAGCCAUUGUUAGCUCCGCGACAUUGGGUAUAUUCUGCAUUCUGUCGGUAAUACAAAUAGCGAUGAUAUCUUCUCGAGAAAAGGUUGUGAUGCAAUACACCACAUUAGUGGUAUUUAAAAUGGUUUUAGCACUGAUUUCGUGUUUACUGGCCAUAAUUGCAACAAUAAUGUUUGCGCUCAAAAUCGAUGAGUCGGAAAAAUAUGGGUUUAAAAUAUCUCGCGGAGUCUCCUUUUAUUUACAGAUUGUGGUUAUUGUAUUAACCGUUGGGCUAUUUCUUGUCGCGCUCUAUGAUGUUCUUUUCUCACGCAGUCCAGGUGGGGACCCCACUAUGAUUGUGGACGCUUCAUCGCCGGCCAGCGCGAUGACGUAUAACAAUCCUGGUUAUAAAGAGCCACGUUCAAGAAACGGGGUUUCGGUCACAGAUGCAUCGGGAAAGCCGUAUAGCGGUAUUCGUAACGGGGGUAGCGUAGCAUCCAUGUCCACUACAAUGACCAGCGUCUCAAACGGUUCGACAGUGGAAUCGGUAACACGUUCGCCUCUUCGUUCCAGCUUAAAGAAACCCCGACCCACUCGAGAUCCUGCGUUAGGUAUACAGAAUCCGGGCUUUUCAGGAUCGGGUAGUUCGCCGCCUAUGCAACGCAGUAAUAGUAUUAAAAAGGUUCGCAUUCAAACGCACAGCACAGAAGUGUAAAGACUGUUUAAGGAAUAUGUAUGUGUUUAGGUGAAAACAUUUUAAAAAUGUUGAAAUUGAAAAUAAAAUGUCGGAAAUAAAUGCAUUGUAUCGUAGAUAAUCGAGCAAAACAUCAAUGCAAAAAGACUGUACUGAAAAAUCCAUACGUACGUACAUACAUGCAUAUUUCGUUAAAAUUUAACCGAAAAAAUUAUACAUACGAAUAUGCAUACGUAUGAACUUAUAUAAAUAAGUAACAACAGAAACAGCUUUUUGUAAAGAAGUUCCAGAAUUUCGAAUGGUUCAAAAAAAUGUUGAAAUAGUAUUUGGUCUUCCAAAGUAGUGAAAAAAAUACAUAAGAUACUUAUUUAUCGCGCUUUAUUAUGAAAUUAACCUACGUAGGUACAUGUUAGCUUUUAGAAAUUAUGUAAUUUCAUAAGUCAGCAUGGUAAUUCUCGAAUAAUAAAGACAUAUCAAAGCAUCAGACGCUGUUCGUAAUCAAACUUUUAUCGAACUCGAAACUUUCACCAAACUAAGAACUUGCAACACGCACGUAUGCCACCUCUGUUCAUCUGUUGUUAAUGUAUUCGUUCCAAAAUUCGAAAAAAAUUAUGUAUACAGUGCACUCUCUCCUAACGGACAUCUUCCGUAAGCGGAGCCCUACUCUCCAAACUAAUUGUUUUAUUUAUUGUGUGAAAUAUUUAUACAUAUGUUCUAGUUUUGGAAAUAAAACUGAUUAAAGAUUAAAGAUCUGUCACAAAUUGUUAUUAAUUUUUUACAUUUUUCACAUGAACGGACACCUCCCAUAAGCGGACAAUUUUUUCAGUCCCUCAGGUGCCUGCUUAAAAGAGAGUGAACUGCACAUGUACACUUUGUCUGCACUGUGGCUACAACAAAUAGAGAAUACGGUAAAGUGUGCGGCACACUUUCUAUUCUUAGACUAUGGUUUGAUGUACGCACAUUUGAAGUUUGAUUUGAACCCAUUAGAGCUCUAAAUAAUGAAUUGUUACAGUUUUUUCAAGAUAUGUAUAAAAAAAAAACGUAUACAUGUUUAAAUAGCUGUUGUAAGCAUUUUUUAUUUUUUAUUAAUUUUUUGUGUAACUCAUUUUGUUUAAUUUUUUUACGCAAAUGUUUAAUUCGAACUCGAAUACGAUAUGUUUUCUUUUUUAUUUAUUUAAUUUUAAAUUGCUAAGCGUCACUAAGCGGGUAAAAUAUUUUUUGAAGUAUGAGGCAGAACGUAAAAAAACAUUACACGAAGCGACGAAUGAUAUUUAAAUGUCAAAAGUCGAGAAAGAGCUGUCAAGUAGAAGAUUGCGCUAUUAUUUAAAGCGCUUGAAGCAAAGCUGAUAUUUGGCCAAAUUUCAUACCUUACAGUAACUUUAUAUUACUUUUUGUCAGUUGUAGAAGCAAAGCAAGCAUGCAUUGUGGCAGCAUCUUUAGUUUUCUAAAGGCGGUCAUAUUGACUUGACUUCUCAAAAAUCACUUCAAUUGGCAAUUAUGACGUAGGCGGCAAGUAUUGAUGGGCAACUUCGGUUGGACAAAAGUUCUUAAUCGUCUUGGAAAAAAAUUAUAUACAAGUUGAAAACUUGCCCAUGCAAGCAUCAAAUUAAUCCAGUUUAUUUAAAGCCGCUUAGCUUAUAACAACUUGCUUGAAUUGCUGCUGUAAUCAAUAUCUGACUUACGAUUGCAUUAUUUGUUUACAUUACUUUCCUUUGACUUUUGUCCAAAUGUACACAUAAGAAGACUUAAAGACGAAUUAAAACAAGGGGAAAAAGAAUUUGGGAUAUUUUUGACGCUGUGUAAAAAGCAGAUAAAACCUACUGAAAGGUCAAUUUGUUUAAAAAGUUAGUUCGAUACAAAUUUGGAAGGAGUGGAACAUGUUCGGCCGAAUUGAA